GUAACAUUCCUAAAAGUUUGGUUAAGUAAUUUUCAUUUUCACUAAUAAAUAAAUACAAAAAAUAUGAAAUUUUACCAAGAAAUCUUCGAAUAUCAAAUAUUUUAUGGUAAAGAUAUAUUAUAAUUUUUUCAAAAAACGUGGAGAAAAACGAUAAAAUGAGGUAUUUAAGUAUUUUAUGCUAAAUUCACCGAGAAAGUUCGUCAUGUCUGUAGAUGCUUACACGCAUAAUAUUGAAAAUUUUUACGGUGUGUACUUAUUAUACUGCAAGAACGAAAAAUUCAAAGGUAGAGUAUACAUUGGCUACACUAAAGAUCCCAACAGAAGAAUUAAACAGCACAAUAAAGGAAGAAAAGCAGGUGGUGCUAAGAGAACUAGCAACAGAGGACCAUGGGAUAUGGUGUUGAUAAUCCAUGGUUUCCCAAAUGAUAUUGCCGCCCUAAGAUUUGAAUGGGCCUGGCAACAUCCCCAGUUAUCAAGGAGAUUAAAGCAUUUGCCUAGAAAAAAAUACAAAGGUCUAAAAUUUAAUUAUUGCAUACAGGUUUUGUCAGAGAUGCUCUGUGUAGGACCAUGGAACAGGCUACCUUUGGUUAUCAGGUGGCUUAAUCAGAAACAUAUGAGAGAUCUCUCUGAUUACAGAACUCCACCAAUGCAUAUGGCUAUUUGUUAUGGUCCAGUAGUCAGUAAAAAAAAAGAAAAAAAUAUUGAAGACGAAGAGAAAUUGUUGUCAUCAAUCAAUACUGAAAAUAUCUGUGAUUUAUGUCAUGAAUUAUCGGACGAUAAAUUAAUGAACUGCCUAGAUAACAACUGUAGUUUUAAGGGUCAUUUGUUCUGUUUAUCAAAAUUGUUCUUAGAACCGGGUGAAUAUGUUCCAGUCGAAGGAAAGUGUCCUAAAUGUGAACUAAGCUGUUUAUGGGGGGAUUUAGUAAAAAAAUUCAAAGGAUUUUACAGUAAUUUGGACGUCAAAAUCAACUGUGAUAAUGCCAAUGACUUUUAUUCCGAUUCAGAGUGACACUCCAAUUUUACUCAAGACUGGUCUCCCAUAUAUUGUUUGAAGUGAAAGAGUCAAUGCAUAAGAAAAAUAUAGUACAUUAUUGUUUUAUCGAAUUAGUUAUUGUUUUUAAUUUCACUAUUUUGGAUGGGGGUUAUAUUACUGAAUCUUAAGUUCCUCUAAUCAAUAAAUUCUUUUUAUUUGA